CCCUCCAGCCUCUCCCCACCAUGCUUAGUUAUGUCACUUGUGUGAUGCUUCGAGCCUUGCUGUCCUGGCUGGAAUCUCGAGACUGUUUCCAAGCUUGUAUUUCUCACUUGGCAGCACACGAUGCGGCUGGUGGGCAAUCUGCCGUAUCCCUUUCUUGUCAAACAUCAGAGUUGGUGUCUGACACCGAAUCCGGGAAUAAGAACGGGGAGAGUGAAAUGUAUGGUGGAACUGGACAGAGAGAGCUCGAUGCCACAGCAACAAUAUUGGCAAACCGGCAAGAUGAAAGUGAGCAGUCGAGGAAAAAACUUAUUGAGCAAAGUCGCGAGUUCAAGAAGAACACUCCAGAGGACCUGCGCAAACAGGUAGCUCCGUUACUGAAGAGUUUCCAGGGAGAGAUCGACGCAUUGGGUAAGAGAAGCAAAGAAGCAGAGGCAGCCUUCUUGAAUGUUUAUAAGAGAUUAAUUGAUGUUCCAGAUCCAGUUCCAGCCUUGGAUUUAGGACAGCAGCUUCAGCUGAAGGUUCAACGUAUGCACGAUAUUGAAACAGAGAACCAGAAACUUAGGGAAACUCUAGAGGAAUACAAUAAAGAAUUCGCCGAGGUGAAAAAUCAGGAGGUUACAAUAAAAGCACUUAAAGAGAAAAUCCGAGAGUAUGAACAGACCCUGAAGAACCAAGUGGAGAAUAUAGCCCUUGAAAAAGAACAAAAGUUACAAAAUGAUUUUGCGGAGAAGGAGAGAAAAUUACAGGAGACACAGAUGUCGACAGCCUCGAAGCUGGAAGAAGCCGAACACAAAGUUCAAGCUUUGCAAACAGCCUUGGAAAAAACCAGAACAGAACUAUUUGAUCUGAAAACAAAAUACGAUGAAGAAACUACUGCAAAGGCUGAUGAAAUCGAGAUGAUCAUGACAGACCUUGAAAGAGCAAAUCAGAGGGCAGAGGUGGCUCAGAGAGAGGCAGAGACCUUAAGGGAGCAGCUCUCAUCAGCUAACAAAUCUCUCCAACUUGCUACGCAGAUCCAGAAGGCACCUGAUGUGGAGCAGGCCAUCGAGGUGCUGACACGGUCCAGCUUGGAGGUGGAACUGGCCGCGAAGGAGCGGGAAAUCGCCCAGCUGGUGGAAGAUGUCCAGAGACUCCAGGGCAGCCUCACCAAGCUGCGGGAGAACUCCAGCAGCCAAAUCUCCCAGCUGGAGCAGCAGCUGACCGCCAAGAACAGCACACUUAAACAACUGGAAGAGAAACUGAAAGGACAGGCUGAUUAUGAAGAGGUUAAGAAAGAAUUAAAUAUAUUGAAAUCCAUGGAGUUUGCACCAUCUGAAAGCUCUGGUGCGCAGGAUGCAUCUAAACCGCUGGAGGUGCUGCUGCUGGAGAAGAACCGCUCCUUGCAGUCUGAGAACGCCACGCUGCGUAUCACAAAUAGUGACCUGAGUGGGUCAGCCAGGAGAAAAGGGAAAGACCAGCCUGAGAGUCAGCGUCCUGCAACCUUGCCGGCCUCCCCUCCUUCUCAGUUGCUCCGCAACGCGGGGGAGCAGGCUUCCAAUACUAAUGGUACACACCAGUUCUCACCAACGGGUUUAAGUCAAGACUUUUUCAGCUCAUCCCUGGCGAGCCCCAGCUUACCCCUGGCCUCCACAGGAAAAUUUGCACUAAACUCUCUCCUCCAGCGACAGCUAAUGCAGUCCUUCUACUCCAAGGCAAUGCAGGAAGCAGGAAGCACAAGCAUGAUUUUUUCAACAGGUCCUUACAGCACAAACUCCAUAUCUUCCCAAAGUCCAUUACAACAAAGUCCGGAUGUAAAUGGCAUGGCCCCAUCUCCCAGCCAGUCAGAAAGUGCUGGGAGCAUCUCUGAAGGCGAGGAGAUAGACACAGCCGAAAUUGCACGUCAGGUGAAAGAGCAGUUGAUCAAGCACAAUAUUGGACAGCGGAUAUUUGGACAUUAUGUGUUGGGACUGUCGCAAGGGUCUGUGAGUGAGAUACUAGCCCGGCCAAAGCCAUGGAAUAAACUGACUGUGAGAGGCAAGGAGCCAUUUCAUAAGAUGAAGCAGUUCCUCUCGGACGAGCAGAACAUCUUGGCUCUUCGCAGCAUCCAGGGUAGACAAAGAGAGAAUCCAGGCCAGAACCUGAACAGACUAUUUCAGGAAGUACCGAAACGAAGAAAUGGGUCUGAAGGUAAUAUAACCACAAGAAUCCGAACCACAGAGACUGGCUCUGAUGAAGCCAUCAAAUCCAUUCUCGAACAAGCCAAAAGGGAGCUGCAAGUACAGAAAACAGCUGAGCCGGCUCAGCCGCCUUCUGCAUCUAGCAGUGGCAAUUCUGAUGAUGCUAUUCGAUCCAUUCUGCAACAAGCCCGACGUGAAAUGGAGGCACAGCAGGCUGCCCUUGAACCUGCCUUAAAACCACCACCUUUAUCUCAAGCUGACAUUUCUAUCCUGUCCCCCAAACUAGUAUCUACACCUGCAAUGUCUUCGGUUUCCAGCUAUUCUCCUUUGGCCAUAUCCCUGAAGAAACAUUCAUCUGUCACUGAUUCCAGUAUCUCUGCGUUGCAGAACCUCUCUGGGCUCAAAAAGGAGCCUCAGGAGGCACCUGUUUUAGAGCUUCAUGGAGUAAGUGAUUCUGCCCAGGGUAUGUUGAGGCAUGUUAAAAAUGAGUUGGGACGUGGUGGUGUUUGGAAGGACCAUUGGUGGAAUACUGUGCAGCAUGAGAGAAGAAAUACAGCUCUUCCCGAAGACAUAAAAGUUGAGGAAGCCAGUGGUGGAAAAGAAAAGGUCAGCAAUCAGACUAGGCCAGAUCGUAGCCAGCUCCAAGGACCAUCUUCUUCAGAGUAUUGGAAAGAGUGGCCAAACGCUGAAUCUCCGUACUCGCAGAGUUCUGAAUUGAGCAUGACUGGGGCGAGUCGCAGUGAGACACCACAGAAUAGCCCCCUCCCUUCAUCCCCUAUCGUGUCUUUGUCAAAGCCAUCCAAACCUUCAGUUCCUCCACUGACACCCGAGCAGUAUGAGAUUUAUAUGUACCAGGAAGUGGAUACGAUAGAGCUAACGCGGCAGGUCAAAGAAAAGCUAGCAAAGAAUGGCAUCUGCCAAAGGAUCUUUGGGGAAAAGGUAUUGGGGCUGUCCCAAGGAAGUGUCAGUGACAUGCUCUCCAGGCCAAAGCCAUGGAGUAAAUUGACCCAAAAAGGCCGAGAACCAUUUAUUCGUAUGCAGCUCUGGUUGAAUGGUGAGCUGGGACAGUGUGUCCUGCCUGCACAAGGGCAGCAACAAGGACAAGUCCUUCACUCUGUGACAUCAUUACAGGAUUCCCUACAGCAGGGAUGUGCAAGCUCAGAAAGCACUCCAAAGACUUCUGCCAGUUGCAGUCCUGCUCCUGAAUCUCCCAUGAGUUCCAGUGAAUCAGUGAAGAGCCUGACUGAAUUGGUACAGCAGCCCUGUCCCACUAUAGAGACCAGUAAGGAUGGCAAAUCCCAGGAAUCCAGCGAGCCGCCUGCUUCUGAGUCCCAAUCUACAACACCUCUGCCACUGUCGGGCCACUCGGCACUCAGCAUUCAAGAACUGGUUGCUAUGUCCCCUGAGCUGGAUACCUAUGGCAUCACGAAGAGGGUCAAAGAGGUGCUAACAGACAACAAUCUUGGUCAGCGUUUGUUUGGGGAGACAAUCCUAGGGCUAACACAAGGCUCUGUCUCAGACCUUCUGGCUCGCCCGAAGCCCUGGCACAAGCUGAGUUUGAAGGGACGGGAACCCUUUGUCCGCAUGCAGCUGUGGCUGAACGAUCCCAACAACGUGGAGAAGCUGAUGGAUAUGAAACGAAUGGAGAAAAAAGCCUACAUGAAGCGGCGACACAGCUCUGUUAGCGACAGUCAGUCCUGUGAGUCCUCCUCAGCUGGCAUAGACUACAGCCAGGGCGCCAGCCCACAGCCACAGCACCAGCUCAAGAAGCCCCGGGUGGUGCUGGCACCAGAAGAGAAAGAAGCUCUGAAACGAGCCUACCAGCAAAAGCCAUACCCAUCACCAAAAACCAUUGAGGAACUCGCUACGCAGCUCAACUUGAAAACCAGCACCGUGAUCAACUGGUUCCACAACUACAGGUCUCGCAUCCGCCGGGAGCUGUUCAUCGAGGAGAUCCAAGCCGGGAGCCAGAGCCAGGCUGGGUCGAGCGACUCUCCUUCCGCCAGAAGCAGCAGGGCCGCUCACAGCUCCGAGGGAGAUAGCUGCGAUGGCGUGGACGCAGAAGGCCCACCUGAAGGAAAGCCGAGUGGCCCGGAGGCGGAUGAGUACAACAAUGCAACCACAAAGUCUCAGGGAGGGCCAGCGGAGUCGGCUUUCGAAGCGGGGGAAGAGGCACUGCAAGGCGCCAGGUCUUCGGAGAAAGCGGAGCCGUUCCAGGCGGAGAGCCUGGAGGACACCGACGACGAGGGCAGGCUCAGAGCACCGCGCCAGAGCUCUCCGCCAGCAUCGCAGCGCCCGGGAGAAGCUCUGGAGACACUGCCAAACUCUGCCACGGAAGGGGAUGCCUCUACCUCAGCUGCCUCCACCUCAGUCCUUACAGGGGAGAGCUCCUACAAGUCAAAAGAAAGUUCAGAGAAAAUCUCCAGUGUGCCAAGUACGAGCUCGACGCCAGCCGCAGGCUCGCAGAAAGCCAACUCUCUUCAGAGCUUGUUCGGCUUCUCGGAGGCGGCGAGCUCCAGGAACACGCGAGACAGCUCCUUGAGGAAAAAGAAAGCGGCAAACUUGAACAACAUCAUCCACCGCUUGGAGAAAGCCGCGAGUCGGGAAGAGGCCGUCGAGUGGGAGUUUUGAGAUUAAAACUCACCCAACUCUGGAGAGCUGGGAAGUGAAACUGGACCUCUACUGGUUUUAUUGUGUUGCGCACUUAACCGCCCUGCGGGCCACAGGGCAAAAACGCCAUAGGCCAAGGUGCAUAUAGAAAACAAAAAAAAAAAAGGAGCGUUAAGCCCAAUUUAUGUUUGUUGUUUUCGAGGAAGAAAACUGAAAUGUGUAGUCAAGCUUUUUUGUACCCUGAAGUGUUUUUAUUAUUGCCCUAAGUAAUUUCCACAGUUUCUGGAAUAACUCAUACAGCUUUGCCUUGUGCCCUCCUCUUUGGUGUGGGCUUUAAAAAAAAAAAAAAGAGAAAAAAAAAAAAACAGUUGAAAAAAAAAGAAGAAAAAAAAAAAAAUCAAACCCACAUAUUAAAAGGGGGCUUUUUAUCUGCCAUCUAAUGGCUACAGAGCGAUAAUACACUAUUAUCUUCUUAAACCAGGAAAAAAAAAAAAAGAAAAAGGGGAGAUUUUUCAAAAAAAAAAAAGAAAAAAUAAAAAAGAAAAGUUUUUUGUAGCUGUUCAGUUGCCACUAAGAGAUUGCACAGUCAAGCGACUCUAAACACACUAGUUUGGAUUCCUACAUAUUUUCAAGAAAAAGGAAAAGAAAAUCUUGUUUGAAACUUUGAAUUAAAAAAAGAAAAUAAGAAAAAAAAAAGAACACAUUUACUCCACCUAUUUUUUAACAAAAAACAGAAAAAAAAAAUCAAAAAGUCACAUCAGGAAAAUAUCUUAAUUUGUGGUAGCUGACUUAGUGUUUUCUUGUAAGUGAAAUAGAAUAUUGACACGUAGUGCACAUUGUUUCAUAGCUUUAACUGAUUCUGGUCUUUUGCAGACCAGAAUUUGUUUAAUACACUCCAUUUUAGGCCAAAUCAGGACAAAAAAAAAUAAAAUCUGAAUCUAGGUAUUUUAUAAUCUGCUUUUUAACCUCUAACCACAGAGCACGCUGAUCAGACCUCAUAUCUAGGAGGUUUAGGAGACAACUUAGAAACAGCAUGUACUUGAUCAUUUCACUUGGUUCGUAGUGUACAGAAUUUCCUUUCAGUAAAGACAGAGCGCUCAAAAAACGUUGGCCAGUAACAUUUCAGCCUGCUACUUCGGGACGAAUCCCGUAUCCCGAAACAUUCAGCUUACCUGGAAUCGAUUAAAACGUAGUUCACGUGUACGAUUGCUGUCACACACACCACUAAGAGGGGACUGGAGCUGCCUCAGAUAGAGACCUUUUCCUGCUGUUGGUGGCCAUUUACUGACUCUCUUCCCACCACAAGCACUGAUUUUAAAUACGUUUUAGUUGUGGGAAGCUUAUUUUUGCGUGGAUAAAGAGUACAUGGCAAUGACCAGAUGGGCUCUUACCAGGAUGGAAACAGCCCAAACUCCAAACCAAAACCUUCGUGCUCUCGAGUCCCAGUCUAGACCAUUCUGCCCUGCAGAAACACAGCCUUUUUUCCAUUUUCUUAUGCACAGGUUAGGGCUGAUCAAAGUACAAAUCAAAUUCUAACUUGUCUCUAACUCCUCCUGUUGUCUAUAUGUAUAUGCGUGAGCAUAGAGGUGUGUGGAAGGAUGUGUGUGCGUGAGUGUGUGCGUGCAAUUUUAUACGUCUGUGUAUUUUCUUACGUACUUGUGCACACAUAGAGUGCAUUACUGCCACCUUUUUUCAAUAAGCUGUUUUAUCAGUUAUGGCUUCUACAAGUUUGCUAAUUUAGACUCCUUUAUUGCCAUAUCUUUAAAACUAACAAUAGAUGAUUUCGGAAUAUAUAUAUAUAUAAAUAUAUAUAUAUAUAUAAUUUUUUGUUUUGUUUUUGGUUUUUUUUUUUUUUGCUUAUUUAUAGGUGCUGUAUUUUAUUAUCUGAUUGUUAGGAAGGGAUGAAAGGGGGCAAAUAUUCUUUAGAGGGAUAGACUGCCGGCAGUAUUGGGUAUAAUUUACAAGAUGUAGUUGUCAUACUGUAUAUUAUUGAUUGAAGACUUUUUGACCGUAUUGUGUAUCAUUGAACUUUUGUCUUAGGUCAGCAUCUUUUUGAUGACACUUUAAUGGUGCAUUCAUUACUUCUUAAGUUUAAUUAAUAUUACUUUUCUGAUUUUGGGGGAGGGAGGGAUGGGGAGAGGAGUUCCGACUUUAAAGGUAUGUUCCCAAUAUUACACCUCAGUGUGCUUGUAUUAAUUCAUUAGUAGGAUUUUUGACUGUAAGAUGUGAAACCACAUUUCUUGCAUGAUGUUUUAGAACUUAUGUAUUUCAUUUACAGUCUCUUAACAUGCAACAGCAGCACUUAGCGCAAGUUUUCACAAAUUAAGAAUCAGUACACUAAAAUCAGUCCUUUUCAUGAUUGAGAAAAGAAGGCUCUAGGAGGCUGAAAGGCAGGGAUUUAUUUCCUAUUUUUACUGCUAGCUGUUUCAGGAUACCUCCUUGGGUAAUUGGGGACUUGUGAUGCAAACCUAAAAUUGAGAAACAGAGAGAGCAACUGCCCCUUUCUAUGAUGAGCUGAGGAGGCGAUUUGUAAUAACAGACACCAGUGUGUGACAGCACGUGCUGGAAGCGGUUAUGGCUUCUGAUCUGGAGUGCAGUUAGUCCGCGGGAACAGCCAGCGAGGGAAAUAACAUGGUGAAGCAAAGUGUUACCUCUCUGUAUGUGUACAGUGUCCUGGUUUGACUUACAAAGCACAGCUCCAUCGAUAAAUGCACGUCCUGGUAAAAAUACACAUACCUUAAUACAAGUCAUAACAAGAUGUGUCUUCAGGCAAGAAGCAAAACUUGUCACUGGAAGACGCAGAUAUUUUCUUAUGUUCUUUAUUUUUUUUCUUUGUUGUUGUUUGGUUCAGGUUGGGUUUUUUUAUAGGCAAUACACUUGCCAGUCUGUCUCUACUGUCCUUGUCUGCUGAUUUGAGAUCCAGGUGCUUGAUGCAGUCAAGUGGUUACUCUCGGCUUUCUCCAUAGUGAGGGGUUUUUUUCUGUUUGAAGAUUUAUUUUUGUUCUUUAAAUUAAUAUUCCCCAAACUGUUCUUGUGCCUGUGUCUAUAUGAUUGCAUUCCAUGAUGCUUACUGAGAGCUCUUGCUGCAUUGUACGACAGCAGAACUGUAUUCGUAGGUUGAACGCAAAUGCAGCACUUAAGGUCAGUCUCUCUUCUUAAUAAGCAAUACGUAAGUGCCUUGAAACUUAGAUCUUCUGGUUUUUUUAUGUUUAUUUUUGUUUUGCUUUUCAGGUUUCCACUAGUUCUGUAGGAUUCUUUAGCGUCUGCCCAGUUUUUAAUGCUGUAAUGAUUUUUAAAAAGCAUAUCUGUAGCUUGCCCUAGAGGAAAUCUUUCUUUUAUAACACUAACUGUUAAUUCUAAGCUCCAUUAUUACAUUUGAAUUGUGUAAUUUUGCUGGAUAAAGACAGCAUUCAUAAGUCAGAAGUCACUCCAUCCUGCCAAGGGUUGUCAUUGGUCUCUAUUAUAAAAUUAAUCAAAUAAAAUGCUGUCAGUAUUUCCUAUAUUUUUGGCACUUUAUUAAUGGCUUAGCUCCUUUUGUUGUUUCAUAUUUAAUGAUCUGCAUUGAAUGUGGAUUAGCCUGCUGAGAUGCUAUUGGGGUGACCCAGCCCAUCCUGCUGGGGGUCACUUUGGGUUCCUUGGUGGCCACCUUAUUUAAGGGCAGGGGCAGACGAGCACCCUCCAGUCGAGCUUGUAGUGUUGAAGUGAUGUUCCCAGCUGUUUGUUCCCGGUUUUUAGCCAAGGUCACAGCUGCUUUCCUGUUUCAGUGGAAAGUAAAAUGGGUUAGCUUGAACUACUGCUGAGAUUCUCUUUGUUGGAGAUGAGUUACCUACUGGCUUUCCAAACUGGCAGAGACCUCCCCAGUUUAGAGACUGAACACUGAAAGGUUUUACCUGUAUUUCCGAUCGAGUGCAGCAUUUGGCAGUAAUGCUUUAGGAAAAUGUGUAUUAGAAUAACUUUUUUUUUACUUAAUUAAAAGGAUAAAAAGUUGGAGGAGAAGGAAUGCCAAAGAGUAGCACGGUGGCUUUUUACCCUCUUGGGUCACUGCUUACACAGGAAAUAAGGUGUUAUCCAGGCGCAUGUGAUGUGGGGCUCACCUCAUGGGGCAGUCGUUUUGUAGGGCACAGAGCAUGGCAGCAGGGCCCUCCUUACAACGCUUCUUUUCCUGAUGGAUAAAAGCACAGGCAGUUUUCAGAAAGUCCAUAAUGCCAGAGUCUGGUUUUUCCUGAGGUUCUCUAAAAGCAAGUUUAUUUUCUCUUUCUGUUUCCAGUUCUAUGCUCUUACUAAAGCUGCAAAUGAAAGGCCCAGGCUAUCUUAACAGAAGUACCUUUAUAGUGCAGUUAAUAUUGUCAUUUUUUUUCUCUCUGGAUGGUUAGGGAAGAAAAAAAGUGUAGUACUUUGUUUGCUAAAAGCAAGGGAAGAGUAUCCCUCGGCAAAGGGGUCAUACAAUGGGAUUGUCAAUAUGCGUCCAUUUUUGAGGAUACAGACUUCAGCCAACAGAAUUGCACAUGUGUAUUGGCAGAAAUGCAUUUAAUUACAACUGCUGUUGAUGACAUAGAACUUUACAAUUUUAUUUAUUCAUGUCUAAAAUGCCUAUAAACAGAGCCACUCUUUAAAGGAACCUGUAUCAGUGCACUCUGCCCAUAUCAUGCAUUAGCGAGUCCUUUAGUAAUAAACUUGCUGUGAUAGGAAAAGAUCUAUCUUAUGGCUAAAAAGGAAAACAAAUUUUGUGCCUUUCUCAUUAGGUGAAAGAUUUUUGCAUUAUUUUUGACUUGUUCAGAAGGGAAAUGGUGUAGAGAAGGGGUCUCACGAACAUGACAGAAUUCUAUGCAAUAUUCUUUGAUCCAAUUACUUAAAAGUUGGUAUUUUUCAAUUCUUUAAUGGAAGAAACAGUAAGUUAGAGAAGUGUGUCAUUCUGGUGGUAAUUCAACUCCAAAGCUGAUAAAUUCAGAGAAAUUAGGAUUGAGGGAAAUAUGACAAAAUAAUGUAACGAAAUAAUGGAAAACGCUAACAGUGAUUGCAGUCCCCUACUAGCACAGCUGCCGUCACAAGUCAGUCAUUAUCCAUCUUAAAAUUACUAAUUUCUGGUAUUCUUAAAAAUCACAUGAAAUAAAAAUGCUCCUGACAAAACCAGGGCAGGUUAGAGGGAAAAAAAAAAAAAACCCCAAGCAUUUUGACCAUAUAUAAAUUAAGAGAAUAUACAAAAAAAGUAAUGGGUUUUAGACUCUUCCUUGCACUUGAAUUUAAACUGAUAUCUUAACUGAAAGUAAUCUGGAUCAGUGCCUUUAGCAAGGUUGCAAAGAGAUCAGUAAACUUGGCAUUCGUUGCAAGCCAAAAGUAAGGUGGUGACAUUUUUACCAUGCAGAUGGAGGGCACUAUUUUUGCUUCGUUUGUGUCUUUUCCUAACAAGCAAGUUUCUUAAAUUAUCCCUUCUUUCUUCUUCACCCAGUGUACAUAUCGGCGGGUAUUCUCUGUCUUACAGCCACUGUGCGUGGCUGAGCUGUGAGCAAUUCUUGAAGAAGACUAUCAGAAACAUGGGAGGAGGAGAAGAAAAGUUGGCUCUUAGGUGGAGGCUGGAUAUAGAAUUCACUAAAACCAAAUCAAAUCUUUCCCGUGAGUGAGUGGCAGUUUUGGCCCUGAUGAGACAAGCUGCUUAUAGCUUUAUACUCCUUAAUUUAACUCAGAUAAAACGGCUGCAAAGCAGUUUUCAGUUCAUUCCUGUGUUGGCCUACUGCUUUCCCUGGCACUUUCUCCUGCCCCACUGUUUGAACAUCAAGAUUUUCUUCCUUUGUGUUGCAUAUACAAUCAACUUCUUAAAAAAUGAAUAAAUAGAGAAUUUAAAAUUCUAUAGAAACAAAAGACUUCUUUCCCCAGCAGUUUAAAAUCUUGCUGAAUAGUUUUUAAUUGCAAGGAGAAUCACUGGCAUGGAAAGCACGAGAUCUGAAUUUCUCUUCUAGCUUAACCUUCUUAGUUUGAAAAGUGAUGUAGCAGCCCCUGUCGCCUUCACGUAUGUAUCUGAGCACUGAAAUGUAGAAGUAUUAUUUCAUCAAUUUGUUCUUUCCUUCCCAUCUCUUUUAUGAGAUAUAUUGACUAUGCCAUAUAUAAAAUAUAGUUAAUACUGAACUUUAUAGCAAGAAAAACGCUUUAUGCUAUGCCUAGGGACUGGUUUGUCCUACAUGACCAGGUCAUUUACUAUGCCCUACCCUAUUAAUAUGCAAAGAUUAAAGGUUUUAUGCUCUGAAGGUGAAAUUUAUCCUUUUGGAGAAGGUUAGUGUUAGGCCUGUGCACUUAAGUUUUCAAAAAGCCUUAAAAACAGGUAUGUAAGUGGUGCCAUCUCUCUCCUCAGGGAUGAUUCCCCCCCUGCCAAGUGGUUCCGUGGCAUAUUUAAGAUAACUUAUUAGUUGUAAGGUCAUUUUCCAGUUGAAGAAAGUCAUUCAUUGAACUUUAAUAGUGAGCCUCCUCACUAGCAUCCUCUGGUACCAGCAAAGGCUGGUUGGAGGCAUUACACCUGCUUUUCCCAAAACGUGGCCAUUCCAUGUCAAACCCAAAGUCCUUGGCUGUCCAUGAUAAAGUCUGCAUUUCUGCAGCUGUUUCGUGAAUGGAAAAAACCUGACCUGAUUCCCAGGCUUCAUUUUCACUGCUGUUCCCAAACAUGUUCUGGCAUUAUAAGGAAAUGUCUCUUUUUAAAAAAUGGAUCAGAUUAUUAUAUUUUUCCUUGCCCAGCUCUUCUGUGAAGGACAAUUGCUGUCAUUUUUCAAGUUUGCUUUACUCACAGUGAUUUCAGUAGAUUUUUGCCGCAGUUCUGUAGAUGUCUUAUUAUUAAAACCGUUGGUUUCAUAGUAUCAUUUCAGUUUCCUUAUAUUUUGAAACAGCCAAGUGCAGAGAAUGACUGAAUUCUUCACCAUAGCGAAACUGCAAGAAACAGUACAGCAAAAAUAGAUGCCUGAAGCCCCCCUGACAUCGUGUCUUUGGCGUUUUGUUUGUAUUUUAGAGAUUAUUUGUACUCCGUAGUACAAUCUUCAUCCAAAGAUCCUUGGAAAUGGAGAGUCAUGCCAGGAAUUUCCUGCUGUUAUGGUGACAUACCUGUUUUUGCAUAGUUACUGUGUAAUUCUGUGGUAAUGUUCUUAACAGCACAACCUCUCUAUUGGUAACAAGAAUAACGGCGUUAAGUUGCGUUAUCCUCUUCUGUCUAUGCGGGUAAUUAAUAUGCAUUUUUAGGAGUUGUUAAAUAUGUAUAUGUACAGGAUUCCAGUAUGGAAAAGCCCCUCUGUAUAUGUGGUAUUUGCGUGCUUCGUCUUAAGGGUGCGGUAGACUUGCUACAGCCAAAUUCAUGAAAUCAUUUGGGGUGUAGGUGAGUGAGGGCUUAAAACCAAUCUGUAUUUUGAUGCUUAGAGGAUGCCAUUUUCCCACUUGUCAGAUAAGUUCCGUGGUGUAAAGAGGGGAUUGUCCAUCUGAGAGAUUGGAUUGUUUGAGCUACGCGGGUUUAGCUAAGGAGGAGCGGGAAGGUCACAUUCAGAAUACAUCAAAAUAAUUCCAAGGGUCUGAGAUGUGCAAAAGCCAAGUCUUUUGAAAGGAAGGGCCAAACCUUGACUGCAGCAUCCUGUAACAGUUGGUCUGGAGGUUUUGCUUCAAUACAACAUCCAAGAAGUUAAUAUGCUAGAUACUUGUACAUGUAAAAUGCACUCUCCCCUAUCUAUGUGCAGUGGGCAGGCGAACAGUAAAGACAUCUUUAAAACAAUCACCAAAACAGCUGAUCAGUAAUAAGCCAAGUAUCAAAUUAAAGCAGCAAUUCAUUCUUGCUCUCCCUAAGCUGAAAAUUCAAGUAUUCUUGGGAACGAAAUAGAAAUCUCUGUUACGCAGCUCCUCUUAGAAGGCGAACAUCUGUGUUUUCAAGACAAGAAGUAAAACUUGGCUUGCUCGGAAGUACAAUCUUAUCUCUAAGUAACUUUUCUACAAUCAGUCUUUCAAUCAGACUUCUCUGGCUUUUGUUAGCUUACAUUAGACCCUUAGUGUUAUUUUGACAUAUUAUUUAUAUGUGGGUAAAUUAUUACUAGCUUUAAAAGUGUUUCCAAAGUACCUAGUUACCUCUGGAUGCUGGUACAGGCUACGUGAGGAGUACUUGAGCAUCUAGUUUGUAGUGGAGGUGUGUGGGGAGUAAGCAAGGCCACAUUUGUAUCGUACUUGUCUUUUUCCUUGAUCAGGGCUUCCAUUUCCUUCUCGCCUCCUCUAGAGAGAUGGAGAUCAUGGAUCAAUUCUUUUUUUCCUGUGGGGGAAAGAUUUUAGUUUAGCUUGAAAUGGCUCUGUUUUCAUUCAACACGCAUAUCACCAAAAUCCUGUAUGUUACCGCAUUUCCCAUUCAGUUUUUUUAGGUUCUGAAACUUACCUAAAUUUCCUAUUUAACAAACUUUCUCUACUUGGAAAGCUAUGUGCCUUAAUUCCGAAUCUCUUUGUGGAGAAUAAUCUAAAGCACAGUGAUCUCGAUUGCAGCGUUCACAGCCGCUUUUCAUUUUGGGGGGAGGGGGGGAAGCAAGCACCGAUCGAGGAGCAUUUCAGUGGCCCGACAUGAGUUGCCCCAUCGCUGAUGAGCACUUCAAACACUGUGUGAAGUCUUUGUGCAAUAGCAAUUCUCGCUCUGCGUUUGGAGGUUCGUGUCCCGGCUGCCAAAUGCAGGCGAGCACAAGCUCUAGUUUAGGAGAAUUCAGGUUCCUGGGGAAGAAAAAAAUACAUAUCCCUCUGGGUUGGCUCCAGCAGCACGGUGGGGUCUCGGGUUAGAAAGUCCACCAUCACCCACAGUAUGCUCAUAAGGCUCAGUCUCACCCAGCAUACUCAUAGGUCUGUCAGCAUUCAGGAAACACUUGUGGACUUCAGCCAUUGCUAACUGUGACCAUGUCCUCUUGUGCCAUUAGUGACACACGCUGUCUUCAUUUCCAUGCCCAGAGCCUCGUGGUCUCUGGGUGGCAAGGCACUGUAAAGUCAUUCCAGUCUUCAUUUGGCUUUGUAAAGAACAGGCUUUCACCCACCAGCAUCCUCAGCCCUUACCAGCGCUUGUGUGUGUUAUUUUCCAAGCUUGCUCUCUCUACAGCAUCAUAAGGUGAAGUAUAUAAAGGUGGUUUGUAAUUAGGAAAACAAUCUAAUAUUUCCUAUUUAUGAGAUUAAUUUUAACAGUUUCUUUUUUGAGGUUUGUUUUUGUUUGAUACAAACACAACAGGAGUAUACAUAUCCCCUAAAUGGACGUUGGAGAAGGUUUGGGCUGUCCUAGCAGUGGAGCGGGAGGUGUCGGCUCGUCGUAGUAUCCAUAUCAUUGUGCCCCUGUUGUGUUUUCUAGAGCAAUCAUUUUCUUUUUUUAAAGUAUUUUAUCUAAAUGCCUAAUAAAUAAUAUUAUUUAAAUAGUUUUAAAAUAAUUUAGGACUGAGAAUAAGAAGCCUCAGUUGUGAGAGAAGAGACUUAAAAUAUACAGAGAGAGAAAAUACCCUUAGCCUCCUAGAGCCUCUACUGAGAAUGUCAUGAAGAUGCAGUGCCCCUUUGUCAAAGUACAUAGUGAUUUACUCGAGAGUGUUAAUUUAAAAUGAGAGACUGGUUUCCUGUGAUGUUCAUCUUUGUUGGCAUAUGUUUGAAUUUCUGAAUUCAGAGCUGAUUUUCUUCUCAUUCAAAGUUGGUCAAGGAAAAAAAGAGAAAAAAUCACCUUGUGCAGCAGCAACUUUUCCUGGUGUGAACUCUGGAAAUAACACGUUGUGAAUUGAUCUCGGUCACGGAGGAGGUGGUUCGUUUUCUUGCAGUGUCGGAACACGUUCAGACAGGCUCUCCCUGGCUAGGUCACGCUUGGCAAACGAGCAAGAGAAAGAGCUGCAUUAAGCCAAACUAAAACCUGUUGGGCUCAAAAUUGCCCCUGCUUGUGGCAGGGGGAGCGUGUGUCUGCACGAGGGACGACGCAAAGGGCCUCUGGUAGCACCGAACCACUCGGCCCCGCAGUACAGCCUUAUGGUGGGCAAAGACAGACGGUGCUGAGCUAGUUGCAGGGCACAUCACCACUUCUGUGGAUCUGGAAGCAAAUUUGCACUUUGCCUUUCGAGGGUGUCCCACUAAAAACCAUCAGAUGAAUUUCCCACACGAGGUUCUUUCCUUCUGGCAUAGUCUGAAAGAAUAAAAAAGGAGAGAGAGACAAAACGAAAGCCCUCUGGUAAUUAUCGGAUAACUUCUGCAAAACAAAAGAGGUUGUUCCUGUCAGAAUCCUCUAUGCAUUUCUGUGUUGAAAAGCGUUUUCUGCCAUUCCUUUUGGGAAAGCAGCACUCGCUGGGAAUGCUGCGAGAAUGUCGCUGUACGAAUCUGGAUGAUAAUUCCAAAGCAGAUGGAGGCUGGCUGGGGGGGGGGAGGGGGAUGUUCUGUUCUUUUUCUUUUUAAUUGUUUCCCUCAUGUCCCUUUUCAUUUAUUAUUUUGUUUUGUUUAAUGAAAAAAAUUAACUCUUUGCAUUUGUGCAAUAACUACUUGCCAUGAGAAUGGGCAGACCUUGGAAAUGCCCUGACUACUAACACAGCACAAGAUGAACUCAAACAGAAAGUGGUGUACUUUUUCCUGAGAACCUUUUUUUUUUCUUGGUUUUUAUUUUGAAUAAUAAGCUCAGUUUUCCCCCCGUGUAUUGUGGUGUCUUACAUUUUUAGCAGUAUUUUAUAUUUUUUUUUUUUCCUGUAACGCACUAAGUCUUAGAUGUUUUUAGAGCUUGUUUGUUAUAGUCACAAUCACAGGUUGAAAAAAAGGAAAAAAAAAAAAAAAAGGAAAAAAAAAAAUCCUCACAAAGACCCAAUUGACCAAAAAGAAUUAAAAAAAAAUUUUUUUUUUUUUUUUUUUUUUUUUUUUGUACAAGUAGCUUUGAGAAGCCCACGUUGUGUUGCUGUGACUCAUCUUUUGUAACAUUUUAUUUCUUGGUAUUUGUUUAAACAUAAAGAAAGUAAGAGUUUAUAUGGCUGGCAGUAGCAGGGCAGCGCUCCCUCCGUCAGCAGAAUGGCAUUGUUUCUUCUGUCUUUGUUUGGUUAGCCAUAUAAUGUUUGUUCUCAGCACUGUACAACGGUCCCUAUAUGAUAUGGAGAAGCAAUAUCACUGUAUGAAACUCACACGAUGUAUUAUUAUUAUUAUUCACUAGCACCCUAGGUGUGAUAAUUGAAGUAAAUAUCUUUUAUACAAACACAA